AUGGCGAAGAGGUCGCGCAGUGAGGAUGAGGAUGAUGACCUUCAGUAUGCUGAUCAUGAUUAUGAAGUACCACAACAGAAAGGAUUGAAGAAACUCUGGAACAGAGUAAAAUGGACAAGAGAUGAGGAUGAUAAGUUAAAGAAGUUGGUUGAACAACACGGAACUGAUGAUUGGACUCUAAUUGCUAGUCAUCUUCAAAAUCGUUCGGAUUUUCAGUGCCAGCAUCGAUGGCAGAAAGUUUUAAAUCCAGAAUUGAUAAAGGGUCCUUGGACUAAAGAAGAAGAUCAGAGGGUUAUUGAAUUAGUUCAGAAAUAUGGGCCAAAAAGAUGGUCUUUAAUUGCAAAACAUUUGAAAGGAAGAAUAGGCAAGCAGUGUAGAGAAAGAUGGCAUAAUCAUCUGAAUCCUGAGGUAAAGAAAUCUUCCUGGACAGAAGAAGAGGACAGGAUCAUCUAUGAAGCACAUAAGCGGUUGGGAAAUCGUUGGGCAGAAAUUGCCAAACUACUUCCUGGAAGGACUGAUAAUUCUAUCAAAAAUCACUGGAAUUCUACCAUGCGAAGAAAAGUGGAACAGGAGGGCUACUUACAAGAUGGAAUAAAAUCAGAACGAUCUUCAUCUAAACUUCAACACAAACCUUGUGCGACUAUGGACCAUUUGCAAACCCAGAAUCAGUUUUACAUACCUGUUCAGAUCCCAGGCUAUCAGUAUGUGUCACCUGAAGGCAGUUGUGUAGAACAUGUUCAGACUCCUGCGUUUAUGCAGCCACCCUUCAUUGAUGAAGAUCCUGAUAAGGAAAAAAAAAUAAAGGAACUUGAGUUGCUUCUUAUGUCAGCUGAGAAUGAAGUUAGAAGAAAGCGAGUUUCAUCGCAACCUGGAAGCUUUUCUAGCUGGUCUGGUAGUUUCCUCAUGGAUGAUAGCAUGUCUAAUACUCUAAAUAGCCUCGAGGAGCACACUAGUGAGUUUUACAGUAUGGAUGAAAAUCAAACUCUGUCUGCUCAGCAGAAUUCACCCACAAAGUUCCUGGCCGUAGAGGCAAAUGCUGUGCUGUCCUCUCUACAGACCAUCCCAGAAUUUGCAGAGACUCUAGAACUUAUUGAAUCUGAUCCUGUAGCAUGGAGUGAUGUUACCAGUUUCGAUCUUUCUGAUGCUGCUGCUUCUCCUGUCAAGUCCACCCCAGUCAAACUAAUGAGAAUUCAACACAAUGAAGGAGCCAUGGAAUGUCAAUUUAAUGUCAGUCUUGUACUUGAAGGGAAAAAAACCAGUUGUAAUGGUGCAGACAGUGAGGCUGUUCCUGUAACAUCCCCAAAUGUGGCCAAGUUUAGCACUCCACCAACCAUCCUCAGAAAGAAGAGAAGAAUGCGAGUGGGUCAGUCCCCCAGCAGCGAACAUAGCGAUGGCUGUUUCAAUGAUGGUGGUAAUACAGCACUAAAACAUACGCCGGUGAAAACACUACCAUUUUCUCCUUCACAGUUUUUCAACACAUGCCCUGGAAAUGAACAAAUUAAUAUAGAAAAUCCUUCAUUUACGUCAACCCCUAUUUGUGGGCAGAAAGUUCUCAUUACAACCCCUCUUCACAAGGAAACAACCCCCAAAGAUCAAAAGGAAAAUGUAGGGUUUAGAACACCUACUAUUAGAAGAUCUAUAUUGGGUACCACACCAAGAACUCCUACGCCUUUUAAGAAUGCGCUUGCUGCUCAGGAGAAAAAAUAUGGACCUCUUAAAAUUGUGUCACAGCCACUUGCCUUCUUGGAAGAAGAUAUUCGGGAAGUUUUAAAAGAAGAAACUGGAACAGAUAUAUUCCUCAAAGAGGAAGAUGAACCUGCUUACAAAAGCUGCAAACAGGAGCAUACAGCUUCCGUAAAGAAAGUCAGAAAAUCACUAGUCUUAGAUAAUUGGGAAAAAGAAGAACCAGGUACUCAACUAUUGACUGAAGACAUUUCAGACAUGCAGUCAGAAAAUAUAUUUACAACAUCUUUAUUAAUGAUACCAUUAUUGGAAAUACAUGACAAUAGGUGCAACUUGACUCCUGAAAAACAAGAUAUUAUAAAUUCAACCAACAAAACAUAUACACUUAAUAAAAAGAAACCAAACCCUAACACUUCUAAAGUUGUCACAUUGGAAAAGAACCUUCAGUCAAAUUGUGAAUGGGAAACAGUGGUUUAUGGGAAGACGGAAGACCAACUUAUCAUGACUGAACAAGCAAGAAGAUAUUUGAGCACUUACACAGCUACCAGCAGCACUUCAAGAGCUCUCAUACUGUAAUUGUUAUUAAAAUGGAUGAAAUGCCCCACUCUUACUGUAUUCUAUACUAAAUUAGGUUGCAAUGAAAUUUUUGUCAAUUAAUUGUUUUUAAAGUUUUAAUACAGCCCUAAAACGGUUUGCAUCUUUUUUCAUAUUGGACGGGCAGGAAGCCCAGCCACUUAAGUAAGGGGUCGGUAAUUUCAUAGUUAAUUUUUUUAAGAGAUGAGAUUUUAAAAAAUUGUUUUUAAAAGAACAAGAUGGGAAAGCCAUAUUAGAAUGUUAUGGAUAUCCUAAAAGUAAGUGUUCACGUAUUUUCUCCAGAAGAUGUAUGUUGCUACUCUCUUGAUGCUGCAGUUUUGUUACAGAUAGGUUUAGGAGUAUGUAUGGUUUCUGUAAUUAGUCUAUGUAUGGGAAGCACACAUGGUUUUAUGAAGUACUUUAGCCUACUUGGGCUACCAUUUACAAAGAAAUACAGUGGGAAGAAAUUGAAAAGAAGGAGAGAAAGUUGCACUACUAAUUUUUGGUAUUUUUCAAAAACAAUAAAAUUAACUACAGUGUUAAAUGUAUUUAUUUGAGCAUAGUACUAAAAACAAGAAGCAUUGAAAAAGGUUUUUUUCCUUAUUAGUAAAGAGUCAGUAUUUUCUUCAUAAAUCUCAGAAGAGCUGAGAGUUUUGUUGAAUGUAUUGUACAGUAUGUAGGAGCAAGAAGACUUUGUAAAUUGGAAAGAAGUCUUUUUAUAAUUUAUUUUCAUUUUUAAAGCUUAAAUGUAGAUAUUUAUACCUAUACAGGGUGUCUAGAAGCCAGUGUUGUUUCCUGUUAUUUACAGCUAACAUAAAGAACAAUUUUGAUGUUUAAGUAUGAAAUAUGAAACAGUAGUAAGUUAUGGCUGCAAAGAAUACAGUAGCUAUACUGUAUGUCACAUCUACCUAAAUAUUGCACUAUGCCCUUUAAAUCAUGUUGGUUAUAAAGUAGUUCUAAAAAUGUACUAAAUAAUAAUUUAAUAUUUUCUUUUUAAAUUAUAUGGGGGGUCAUAUAAAUUAAUCUGGUGAUUUGUAUAUGUGUUUGAAAUUUUUGCAUUUUGUUUAAACAAAUAAUAUGGUACUUUGGUCCCUAAAAACAGUCUGCACUUAGAAGUUUAUUAUAUU